ACAAGCAUAAAUCUACAAAGUACAAUCGCAGUAUCACACGCUGCCUACAACUCAGUACGGAACCGAAUCUCAGAAUCAAGUGUGAUCGCGUUCAAAGCGGGAAAAUCGCACAUAAAUUCCAAUUCAACCCAUAUUAAAUCCUUAUCGCUUAAAACUUCCUAGUGGUGGUGGUGUUCAUAUAUUUUACCGUCCGAGGCUAUUAAAAUGUAGAAUUGACCCUCUUUAGGAUUUCUAUAUAUUUAUAUCUAAACAACUUAAACAACCGCAAAUCUGGGCUGUGUAACUUAAAACUCCGGACUGAUGUGGGGGACGGUUUUGAUUGUGGCUUCGCUUGCGGUUCUCACAAAAGCUGACUACUAUACAGCUCUAGCAGAUCUUGAAGACUUGCUAGAAACUGAAGCUGUACUAAUAAACACACUUGAUUCCUACAUUGAACAGCAGGAAGUUCGUUUACAACAGCUUAAAAACAAAGUGAAAGAUUAUAAAAAAGAACAUAGUGUAGCCAGCGGGGAUGUAACAAAUUACUUAUCAAAUCCUAUCAACGCCUACCUUCUUGUUAAACGACUAAUAACAGAUUGGAAGUAUACCGAAACUUUGAUGAACGAUGCUGUGGCAGAAGAUGCAAUUAAAAAUAUCACUAACAUUAAAAAAUACAUGAAGUUUCCUACUGACGAAGAUCUAACUGGUGCAGCUACAGCCUUAAUUCGCCUGCAAGAUACCUAUGCCAUGGAUACGUCUUCAGUUGCAAGAGGAGAGUUGAAUGGAGUGCAGUACACGACUCAACUAAGCUCAAGCGACUGCUUCGAACUAGGACGGCAGUCAUACAAUAAACAAGAUUUUUAUCACACAAUGCUCUGGAUGAGAGAAGCCUUAACAAGACACGAGAGGGAGUUAAAUAGAACAGAAACAACUAGAUCCGAUAUUUUAGAAUACUUAGCAUAUUCAACGUACAUGCAAGGCAACCUUCAAAGUGCUCUUGAAAUGACAAAUGAACUUUUAGAGAUUAUUCCUGACCAUCCAAGAGCUUUAGGGAAUAAAGCUUAUUACAAAAAUGCCAUUGAUAAAGGAGAACUUGAAAAGGAAGUGCAGGAUGAUGAGAAGUUCAAGAAUCAUAUUAAACUUUCUCAUACUGUUAAGAGAUUGAUGAUGUUGGUGCAGGGCGAGCUGACUGGUGAUGAAUACUUGGAUGACAAAAUUCUUUAUGAAAAGGCUUGCAGAGGAGAAGUCUCACCGCCAGAAAACGUCCUUUCACAAUUAAAAUGCUUAUAUUUAAAAAACAACCCAUUUUUAAAGUUAGCACCAUUGAAAGUAGAAGAAGCCUAUUUGAAACCAAGAAUUCUCCUAUUUAAGGAUUCACUUUAUGACUCAGAAAUUGAAGUGAUCAAGCGAAUGGCUCAACCAAAAUUGAGAAGAGCAACAGUUCAAAAUUCAAAAACCGGUGAAUUAGAAACUGCAUCAUACAGAAUUUCUAAGUCCGCCUGGCUUAAAGACAAUGAUGAUGAGGUCAUUGCCCGUGUAUCAAAGAGAGUUGAGGAUAUGACAGGUUUGACAACUGCAACCGCAGAAGAGUUGCAGGUCGUGAAUUAUGGAAUUGGUGGCCACUAUGAGCCUCAUUUUGACUUUGCAAGGAAAGAUGAAGAACCAAAUGCAUUUAAAUCCUUAGGAACUGGAAAUAGGAUUGCAACAGUUUUGUUUUAUAUGAGCUCGGUUGCCCAAGGAGGUGCAACUGUAUUUCCUAGACUGAGAGUAUCUCUCUGGCCAGAAAAAGGUACCGCUGCUGUUUGGUUUAACUUACUUCGCAACGGCGAAGGAGAUUAUGAUACUAAGCAUGGAGCUUGCCCUGUCCUUGCAGGUUCGAAAUGGGUAUCGAAUAAAUGGCUGCAUGUUAGGGGUCAAGAGUUCCUGAGGCCUUGUUCACUUGAACCUCAUGUCUGAAAUACAAAAUCAGUCACAAAGGGCCAGACUGAGAUUUUAUAAACCUUACCGAAUCGUGCCAAUUAUAAGAUUACUAUUAGUUCAUCUUUACCAAACCAUUAAUUUUUAAUUUAAAUAAGGGAAAUCAUUAUAACCGUAUAUUUUUAGGCGUGGUUUAUUUCUGUUUUUAUUUUUGAAAAUAAUGAAUUAUUCGUUUUUUACAAUUGUGUUCCUUUCUAAAUGUAAAUUUUCAUUUUGUGUAGGUAACGUUUAUUUUAUUAUUAAAUUAUUGAGACACGUUGUAAAUAUUUUACAAAUGAAUUACUUAUCACAUGUUUAGACUUAAAUUAUAAAUAAUUGAAAAGUUGAGUUUUACACAAUACAUAUUACUAUGUAAUGCAGUUGUUGUAAAAGUCACUAUUUAAUAAAAUAUUUAAUACA